CGGGGCGGGGCGCGGCUGGUGCGUCUGAGGAGUGAUGGCGGCGGCCUGAACUCACCUAGCGGUGCCGCGGCAGUCGGGCCUGGGUAGGAUCGGAGUUCCGUGAGUGAGUGAUUUGCAAGUCUGGACUGGUCAGUAACCUCUGGGCUUGCCACUCCAGCCUGGGUCUUCUGGCUCCAUGGCCAGCUGCUGGCUCCUACAGACCGGAUGAAGCUGACUGGAAACACAAGUGGAGAAAGCCCCCAGCUGGCAAAGUCUCAGAGUGUGGUCCUCUGGCCGCUGGCCCUGCCCAGCCUUCCUCAUGGAGAGGAUGAACUGGCUGAGCAGACUGGCCUCCCGGGGCCCUGGGCACCGUGUACCUCAAGGGGCCAGUCUGCAGACUCCUGUCAUGGCUGACCCUGAGACUUGUCUUAUGGUCUUCAAGAAUCACUGGUCCCAGGUGGUACGAAUCCUGGAGCGGCAAGGCCCCCGGGUAGCUCCUGGGGGUGCAGAUGAUCUCAGUGCUGUGCGCAACCAUACUUACCAGAUGUUGACGCUGCUGGCAGAGGAUCGUGCAGUCCCUUCAGCCCCCACUGCCCCUGGGCCCCUUCUGGAGUUUGCUCUGCGCGAGGAUCUGCUAACUCGUGUGCUGGCAUGGCAACUUCAAUGGGAUGGGCUUGGGGAUGGGGUUGAAGAACGGCGGGCUGAGCAACUGAAACUAUUUGAGAUGCUGGUGAGCGAAGCUCGCCAGCCACUGUUGCGCCAUGGUCCAGUUCGUGAGGCUCUGCUGACCUUGCUGGAUGCCUGUGGCCGCCCUGUGCCCAGUAGUCCAGCACUGGAUGAAGGCCUGGUGCUACUUCUCAGCCAGCUGUGUGUGUGUCUGGCCCGGGAGCCUUCAUUGCUUGAGUUCUUCCUGCAGCCACCUCCUGAGCCUGGAGCUGCUCCCCGUCUCCUCCUCUUUUCUCUCCUUGUUCCCUUCGUCCAUCGAGAGGGCACCCUGGGCCAGCAGGCCCGUGAUGCCUUACUCCUGCUUAUGGCUCUGUCAGCUGGGAGCCCCACCGUGGGCCGCUACAUUGCAGAUCACUCUUACUUCUGCCCGGUGCUGGCCACAGGGCUGAGUGCCCUGUACUCCUCACUGCCCCGAAAGAUUGAAGUUCCAGGGGAUGAUUGGCACUGCCUGCGACGGGAGGACUGGCUGGGAGUGCCAGCCCUUGCGCUCUUCAUGAGUUCCCUAGAGUUCUGCAAUGCAGUCAUUCAGGUGGCUCACCCUCUGGUGCAGAAGCAGCUGGUUGAUUAUAUCCAUAAUGGGUUCCUGGUACCUGUCAUGGGCCCUGCCCUGCACAAGACCUCUGUGGAGGAGAUGAUUGCCAGUACCGCCUAUCUGGAACUUUUCCUACGGAGUAUCUCAGAGCCUGCCUUGCUCCGUACCUUCCUGCGAUUCCUGCUGUUACACCGGCAUGACACCCACACCAUCCUUGACACCCUCGUUGCCCGUAUUGGCAGCAACUCCCGGCUCUGCAUGGUCUCUCUGAGUCUCUUCAGGACCCUACUGAACCUCAGCUGUGAGGAUGUCCUGCUGCAGCUGGUUCUCAGGUAUCUUGUCCCGUGUAACCAUGUGAUGCUGAGUCAGAAGCCAGCUGUGCGUGAUGUGGAUCUAUAUGGACGAGCAGCAGACAAGUUUCUCUCCCUAAUCCCACGCUGUUGUCGGCACCGUGCCCCCAGCCCACCCCGUCCAGAGCAUGCCUCGUGGGCACGAGGUGGGCUUAGCAGAGAGUCAGGGAGAAGGGAGGAUACCACGGGCCCUGGAAGCCCAAGUGUUGACUCCUCUUCUGUGGUGACAGUGUCCCGGCCCUCCACACCAUCUCGUUUGGCCCUCUUCCUGCGACAGCAGAGCUUAGGUGGCUCUGAGUCUCCAGCCCCAGCCCCUCGCUCACCAGGGCUUGCUGCAUCCCCAGCUUCCAGCCCUAGUCGACGGCCCAGCCCUGCAGAGGAGCCUGGUGAGCUGGAAGACAAUUACCUGGAGUAUCUGCGUGAGGCGCGCCGUGGUGUGGACCGCUGUGUCCGAGCCUGCCGUACCUGGUCUGCUCCCUAUGAUGGCGAGCGGCCACCUCCUGAGCCCAGUCCUCUUGGCUCCCGGACUAAGAAACGUAGCCUACUGCCUGAGGAGGACAGGGACAAUGUAGGGGAAGGGGAGGAGGAGGAGCUGGGGAGUGGUGGACUGGCUGGGGGUACAGUGGAGGGCCCCGGCCACCUGCCUCCUCCUCAGCUCAAUGGGAUGGCAGGACCAUGGCCUGAGGGGGCCAAGAAAGUUCGUCGGGUGCCACAGGAGGGAGCUGGGGAACUGCUAGAGGGCACCUCUGAGGGCAUGGCAGGACUAGAAGGCUUUGGGCAGGAACUCCGGGAUCUGGAGGUGGCAUUGAGCAAUGGGGGGGCUGGCUCAGAGUCUCCCCUAGAGCCUCCACUACCUCUUGAGGAGGAGGAGGCCUAUGAGAGCUUCACUUGUCCCCCUGAGCCCCCUGGCCCCUUCCUCAGCAGCCCUUUGCGGACUCUCAACCAGCUGCCAAGCCAGCCCUUCACUGGCCCCUUCAUGGCUGUGCUCUUUACCAAACUCGAGAACAUGCUGCAGAACUCCGUCUAUGUCAACUUCCUGCUGACAGGGCUGGUGGCCCAGCUGGCCUGUCACCCCCAGCCCCUGCUCCGCUCUUUCCUGCUCAACACCAACAUGGUCUUCCAGCCCAGUGUCAAGUCCCUGCUGCAGGUGUUGGGCUCUGUGAAGAAUAAGAUUGAGAGCUUUGCAGCCUCCCAGGAGGACUUCCCAGCACUGCUCUCCAAAGCCAAGAAGUACCUCAUUGCUCGUGGCAAGUUGGACUGGGCUGAGGGCCCUGCAGCUGGACCUGCUCCUCGCCGCUCUGAUCCUCUAGUGAAGAGCCGGAGGCCAUCCUUGGGGGAGUUGCUUCUGCGUCAUGCACACAGUCCAACCAGGGCCCGACAGGCAGCACAGCUGGUUCAUCAGCCUGGGAGAGACGGCACAGGACUUGGCCUAGGUGGGGGUUCCCCUGGGGCUUCAACUCCGGCUGUACCCCCCCGGGGUGGAGCCACUGAGCGCCAAGGUGAGGCUCUGCGAGUCAAGAAUGCUGUCUACUGUGCAGUCAUUUUCCCUGAGUUUCUCAAGGAGUUGGCUGCCAUCUCCCAGGCCCAUGCUGUCACCUCACCUUUCUUGUUGGAUACUUCAGAGGAGGGAAAUAUCCUUCCUGUCUCAGACUUUGGGUCCCUGGAUCCUUAACUUUCUUCCAUGCACAAUCAGGGCCUUGAGUGGCCUGGGUUGGGGCCAGGGUACAGGCUCCUUUUUAUGUUUGGAGGGAGUGGCAAGAGGACUUUUUAAUUUAUUUCAGAUGAAUGUUUUAUGGAGAACUUGUUGCAAUAUGUAUAAAAGGGAAAUCUCUA